GGAGAACCCAUACUGGGACAUCUACGUGUCAUUCCAGUCGGUAAUCCUGAACUACAGUACCGCGAAUGGAGUCGACAAUACGGAGAUGUCCUCUCCUUCCAUAUUCUGGGUCAACCAAUAAUCGUCCUGAACAGCGUGAAAGCCGCUAUCGACCUCCUAGACAAACGCGGUAGCAAUUACUGUGACAGACCGGCCUUCCACUUGUUUGAGGAGAUGGGCUGGGAAGGAACUCUCACAUUUUUGCGAUGGGGACCUAGGUUCCAGCGGAAUCGGAAACUCAUACAGAGCUCUUUCACCAAGCGACAGAUCGUCAAGUACCAAGAGCUCCAGACACGUGAGGCUCGUGUACUUGUUCGGAAUCUUAUACAAAGUCCAGAGGAGUAUGACCGUCUCAUUCGUCGUUUCGCUACUGCCAUUAUUAUGGAUAUUGCUUUCGGCCACGAAAUCAAGUCAGAUGCUGAUCCAUUCAUACAAAUAGCAGCAGACGCAUCGUAUGCUUUGGGCCAUGGAGGCGCCCCAGCAGGAACGGCUGUUGAUUUUUUCCCACUUCUCAGAUACCUUCCAGACAGUCUAUCGUUUCUGUCCAAUUCUCUCAAAUUUGCCCGUGACUGGAAAUGGGCUAUCCGAAAAGUGCACGAUAUUCCAUUCGCGGCUGUGGAGAGUCAGAUUAACGAAGGAAAUGCCCGGCCGUCCAUCACACAAAGCUUUCUUGAGCGUCUAGUCACUAACGCUGAGAAAGGCAUCCGAGACGAGCUGAAACGCGAAGAUGUCAAAGGUGCUGCGGGAGCUAUCUAUGCUGCUGGCCAAGACACGACGUGGUCUACUAUUGUGGUCUUCCUCGUCAAUAUCAUUUUCCAUCCUGAAAUUGUAGCGAAGGCCCAGUCUGAACUCGACACCGUUGUCGGUCCCGAUCGAUUACCUACCUUUGACGACCGCCAAAAUCUCCCAUACAUUGAUCGUAUCGUACAAGAGACUUUUCGAUCUUAUCCUGUAUCCCCCAUUGGUGUCCCGCAUAAGUCUCUGGAAGACGAUGUAUAUCGUGACAUGUUCAUCCCCAAGGGUUCUCUCGUCAUCGCCAACGCUUAUAGUAUGUGCCACGACGAAACAAUCUAUAAGGAUCAUGAAAUCUUCGACCCAGAUCGCUACGCUCCGACCUCAGAGGGAGGUCAUGGAGAGCCAUUUCCGCUUGGCCAAUUCGGGUUUGGUAGGAGGCAGGUAUCUCUAAUUUGCCCAGGAAGACAUCUUGGAGACGCAAGCAUUUUUAUAGUCAUAGCUACGAUGCUUCAUACCCUUGAUAUCAGCAGACGAGUCGAUGCUAAUGGGGAACUGAUGAACCCUGAAGUCAAGCAUACAGCGGGACUUACAUGUCACCCUGAGGUGUUUGAAUGUAGUAUUCGCGUUCGGUCUCGCCAGAUGGAGGGACUGAUUUAUAAUGCAACCUUGUAA